AAGUAUAUAAGCCGGCGUGGAAAAGGAGGGAUCCCAUCUCCGAGGAUUAGCAGCUUUCUCCUGGAAAACAUUUCCCAAAGUGAAAAAGAAAAAGAUUACUGUGUUGUUAACCAAAUGAAAGCUGAAGACUGAUACAAUUUUUCCAACGCGUGUUUAACGACCAGUUAUGAUGAUAAUAUUUUCACCUGUUCUAGUGAGGGACAUGGUUUUAUAUUUGAUAUGUCAUAUAGAGUAACCUGUGCCACCCCCUCUACAGAUUUGUUUGUGAGGGCGCGCAGGUUGAUGAAGGCGUCUCCCUGUCACCCAGUAGAGUUUGGGUGCCCGCUGAUGUCAGGAGACAGUGAUCCGCGCUGAGGAGGGGCGGGCGCUGCCAACAUGUGACAGAGAGCAGUCGGCUGGUUUCUCCACACCCAUCUGACCAUUAAAGAGGUAACCUCCAACACCGGCUCAACUUCAUGCUCUCUCAUUCUCCAGGAGCUCCGACUACAACAUUUUUUGUCUUUUCUCCCUCCUCUGCCCUCUCCUUCCUCUUCUGCUUCCUAACGAGCUCUGUAAUGUCCUGUUAAUUUUGUGUGCACUAGUUAAUGAGCAUUAAUCCAUCACCCCUGGAUGCUAUUGUUGCAGGGGGGAUGGCCAUUUGAAUGCAAAUGCGUGACACUGUGACAGCAAGGUGCUUAUUAAACUGAUGUGUCCUCCUGUCUUUUCUGCUGGGAGCUCAGGAGAGUGAAAAGACGCGGGGCAGCUGGAGGAGCGGGUCGGACUAUAACCGGGAGUUGCUCACACCAAGUUCUGCUCUGCUGCAAACAAAACAAAAACAACAACAUCAACAACAAAAUGGCAAGUUCUGCUUCCUUGGAGACGAUGAUGUCCUGCGGUAGGACCGGACCGUCCGCGGCUCCUAAGACCCUUGCCUUCUCCAUAGACCGGAUCAUGUCCAAGAGCUCGGAGCCGAAGGGGAGCGCGGAGGAGCGCUCAGAGGGGAAGAAGCUGCUGGGGCUGUGCUCCCCGAUCCCCUGCAUGAUCCCGCUGCAGCCUUUCAGCUACGACCUCCAAGCCAAGGCGCUCAUGAACUACUCGGAGCUGUGGAGAGCCAGUUUCAGGGGGACUUUUUGCGGCUCGGCAGCCGCUCCGUGCAAAGGGAACUGCGGUAUGUGCGGCAAAGCGGAGCCGGGCUUGAAACAGCCGCUGUUGACGUCGGGGAGCAGGGUGGUGAAACCGCAGGUCAUCCACCAGGCCGUGGCCGUGCCCAGCGGCGGCUCGCUUUACUAUCUCAACUACCUGGACUCUGCGUACCAGCAGUCGGAGCUGUUGGCCGGACACUGGUUCUCCAACCCGCAGGCCCAGGCCUCUCUGUCGGCGCACCACAGACUGUUGCUGCUGGAGAACGCCAAACUUGCCGGGGUGGGGGCCGACAAGCUGCCCACACCUCAGUACCCGCACAAGGAGCAUCUGCCGGGGCAGCUGGACCAGAUAGUGAAGGAGAACCACGGCCUGAGCGCAGAGAAGAACGGCGUCAAGACGCACAGCAAACUCAGCAGCAGCAGCAGCAGCAGCGCUGCAGACGGAAAACCCAAAAACUUUACGUGUGAAGUGUGUGGAAAGGUUUUCAACGCACAUUACAAUCUGACCAGACACAUGCCGGUGCACACCGGAGCUCGGCCCUUCGUGUGUAAAGUGUGCGGGAAAGGAUUCCGACAGGCCAGCACGCUGUGCAGACACAAGAUCAUCCACACACAGGAAAAGCCUCACAAGUGUAAUCAGUGUGGGAAAGCGUUCAACAGAAGCUCCACACUCAACACUCACGUACGGAUCCACGCCGGGUACAAACCUUUUGUUUGUGAGUUCUGCGGGAAAGGUUUCCACCAGAAAGGAAACUACAAGAACCACAAGCUGACGCACAGCGGGGAGAAGCAGUACAAGUGCUCCAUCUGCAACAAGGCCUUCCACCAGAUCUACAACCUGACCUUCCACAUGCACACGCACAAUGACAAGAAGCCCUUCACCUGCGCCACCUGCGGCAAGGGCUUCUGUCGCAACUUUGACCUGAAGAAACACAUCAGGAAGCUGCAUGACAACGUCUUCACCGCGGCCACGGAGGCCUCCAGAGAGCUGCAGAGCUGAGGCCGCAACACAUUCUGAUAUUCCACCUCAGACUGUUAGGCCUCAAAGAGACUGGCUUAGUUCCUCCACGUUGAACAGUUUUUGAAAGUCCAGAGAGAAGGUGGAGGGGUCCAGUGAAACUGGACAUAGGAUCCUGCCCAAGUGUGCCAACAGUGACACUGUAGGGAACAGACCAGAAGGUACAAAGACACCUCAUACUCACACUGGGUCCCAUACUGUAGGAUUAUUAUAGGGAUGUUUUUCUGCCCAGAUAGAAUUUCUUCCUGUGUUGCCAGUUACAAGCAUCAAACAUGGGAGAAAUUGUCUGUCUCCAUCAUGGAACUGUAAAUAAUAGGUUAUGGAAAUUUAAAAAAUGAUAUUUAAAAUGUGAAUCAUUGCCAUGUUGUGUAUUUCACAGGAAAAAAAUGUUAAUGUGAAUAAAUAAGUUAUAACUUAUAAUGAAAAAUGAAUGUUUGAGCCAUGUUGUUUGCAUUUUUUGAAGGCAUUUGAAAAUAAAACAAUGAAUGAUGA